AUGUUUUGGCGAAAGAGAGAUGACAAAAUUGUAUCGCUGCUAUUGGAUGGAUGGUUUCGAGAGUCAUCCCCGCUGUCCAAAAAGAAGAGUAUCAUGGUAGGCUCGCCGGGUAUUGGCAAGUCGACGCUGUUGUGCGUGAUGGCUUUCCAUCUCGUUUUCAAGCACAAAAAGAAUGUGCUGGUAUACCGACGAUUGAGUAAAUAUGAUUACGAGAACUGUCUUUUUUAUUUGGGUUACGAAGAUAGCAAGGUCGUGCAGUUUGUAGUGCAGAGGUGCAAAGACCAGAAUGCAAUCAACAUAUAUGAAGAGCUCAUCCGCCAACAGGGCAUAUCGAACGUAUGGCUGUUGUUGGAUGGAUUUCAUUACCAAGAUAUUCCGGCUGGUGUGCGAACGUUUAAGAUGCUGGCAACGUCGCAGCAAGUGGAUCUGAAGUCUGGAGAGCGAACUGAUGCGUACUGCUGUCUGUUUCCUUGCUGGUCACGAAAGGAUCUCUUUUCGGUGGGAAAACUUAUUUAUAAGUUUCACCGUAAAGGCAUGAUUAAGCGUUUCUACUAUUCUGGCGGAAGUGUGCGCGAGUUUACACUGUCUACAUGCACUGACAUAAUCGAUGCAAUUAACAAUGCGAUCAGCAGUGUAAACGAUGUUUCGAACUUGCUUAACAACAAGUCUAGUAUUUUGACGGGGGGAUUGCAAGUUGAUCGCUUGCGCCAUACUUUCGUGAAAAACCGACGUGCUAUAUCUCCGCUUUACUCGAAGGAGUGGUGGAAACCGUUUAUCUACAGGUCGUGUUGGGAACAAGUUAUCGACUCGGAAUAUGCUGCGCGUUGUCUCUCAUUGAGACUCCGAUCGGAUGCACUAUUUCGAAUAUAUGCGUGGGCGAAAAACACUGGAAACAAUUCACUUACUGGAGCCGUUUUUGAGAUUCUUCUACAUCGCCUGGCUGCCGACAACCAAUUGGAUCUCUAUAUUUUCGAAUAUGUUUCACCAAAUGAAAGUAAACCACCCGCGGAAGAACAAAUCGCACCGCGUCAUCAUAAAGCGGGGCAGGUGCGUUUGAAAAAAAAAGUGCGACCUGCUCUGGAACGGCAAGCAAUUAUCAUCGUGAAGCUUAAGUCUACAUCCAACAAGAAGGGCAAUGUAGCGUAUCUUCAAUUUACUGUUGCGGGUCAGCAUAGCAUUGACAGCAACCAGCUGAAAGAGAUGAACAAGAUUUUUUACCCAGACGAUGUGAAGAAUGCUGAUGAUACCGAGCCACCAAUUUACAUCGCAGUUUGUCCAGAUCGUAAAUCUUGCAAAGCGCUUCGCCUGGAUACGAAAGCCGAAGUCUUAGCAGCGAGAAAAGUUUGUCAAGUAUUUGUGGGCUACUACGUCGAGAAUAAACGUGGUAUUGCCGCUGAUGACCAGAUGAACGAUUUGCUUCUCCAAAUCCUGCCGCCUAAUUCAUCGCACCAUUAUGUUGAUGAUUUCGGUCUUUCAGCAUAUAAACAAAAAAAGCGACAGCGCCCGAAGUGGUAG